CAGUUCUCAGAGAAAGGUGAAGAGUAGACCCAGUAGAUGAGAUCUGUCCUCAUCCCAGGAGCUGGAGAACAGCCUGAAGCAUUCUGCUACCAGGUGAAUGGGUCUUGCCCCAGGACAGUCCACACUCUGGGCAUCCAGUUGGUCAUCUACCUGGCCUGCACAGCAGGUGUGCUGAUCACAGUCCUGGGGAAUUUGUUUGUAGUCUUUGCAGUGUCCUACUUCAAAGUACUUCACACUCCUACCAACUUCCUGCUGCUCUCCCUGGCCCUGGCUGACAUGUUGCUGGGUCUGCUGGUGCUGCCCCUAAGCACCGUCCGCUCUGUGGAGAGCUGCUGGUUCUUUGGGGACUUCCUCUGCCGUCUGCAUACCUACCUGGACACCCUUUUCUGCCUCACCUCCAUCUUCCAUCUCUGUUUCAUUUCCAUUGACCGUCACUGUGCCAUCUGUGACCCUCUACUCUAUCCCUCCAAGUUCACAGUUAAGAUGGCCCUUGGGUACAUCUUGGCAGGAUGGGGGAUCCCAGCAGCUUACACUGCCUUCUUCCUCUACACAGAUGUGGUAGAGAGGGGACUCAGCCAGUGGCUGGAAGAGCUGCCUUGUGUGGGCAGUUGCCAGCUGUUAUUCAAUAAGUUUUGGGGAUGGUUAAACUUCCCAGCAUUCUUUAUUCCCUGCCUCAUCAUGAUCACUUUGUAUGUGAAGAUCUUUGUGGUUGCUACCAAGCAGGCUCAGCAGAUCAGCACCCUGAGUAAAAGUUUGGCUGGGGUUGCCAAGCGUGAAAGAAAAGCUGCCAAGACCCUGGGCAUUGCUGUGGGCAUCUACCUCUUGUGCUGGCUUCCUUUCACUGUUGACACACUGGUUGACAGUCUCCUUAACUUUAUCACCCCAUCCUUGGUCUUUGACAUCUUUAUCUGGUUUGCUUAUUUCAACUCAGCCUGCAACCCCAUCAUCUACGUCUUCUCCUAUCGAUGGUUCAGGAAGGCACUGAAACUCCUCCUGAGUCGGGAGAUCCUCUCACCGCGUACACCUACUGUUGAUUUGUACCAAGAAUGACCCGCCUGAAGCA